AUGGAAAAGUGUGCAAUUUGUGAAAUUGAAAUAUCGAAGUAUAAGUGCCCUAAAUGUGGUAUCAGAUAUUGUUCAUUAACAUGUUAUAAGAAUGAGGAUAAACAUAAACAUACAGAAGAAACAGUGGUCGAACAGACUAAAGUUGCUAUAGAGUCUGUGAAUAAAGAUUGUUUAAAUGAUGAUUCUGGGGACAAUGUCUUGAGAACACCGGAAUUGAACGCUAUUUACAAGGAAACGCCAGAAUUAAGAGAACUGCUGAAAUAUAACACUGUUAAGUUCCAUCUACACAAAGUAUACAAAAUACUCUCUACCAAUGUUGUGGAUUCAAAUGAAAAUAAUUCUAAUCUUAAUUCUGAUUCCAGGAAGCAAUUAGCACUUGAUUAUUUAAAUACACUACUAUAUGGUGGUAUUCAUCACAAUGAAGCAGUAGAAGAGUUUUGCCAAAUUGCUUUGGAAAAAAUAAGUCAUCAAUAA